CAUUAUUUUAUUGCAAAUGGAAGUCCAGGACCGGAGACGGCGACUUUUGUAUUUUGAAGCUGGAAGCAGUGAGCUGAUGCGUUAAAACGUUUGCACCCAAAAAGCAGAGCAACUCAAAAGACUUAACUUUAAAAAUGGCAGGAAUGGCCUUGAAAAUUACUACUACAAUAAACUCUAAUCUCAAUAAUAACGGCGUAUUUUCACCUCCUCCAAACAAGCUACACUCACAUCUUUUACCCUCAAAUAAAAAAAUCUCUGGCCGUAGGAUCCUUAGAAAUACACCUGUAUCGUUGAAACAAAGUAAAAGAAUUAGUCAUGGACCACUUGGAGUUUCGAAUUUGAGUCAGUCAAAGUCCUUUGAUGUUGUCAUAAUUGGUGCUGGAAUAAUUGGGUUGACCAUUGCACGCCAGUUGCUCCUUGACUCAGAUCUCUCCGUCGCUCUAGUUGAUGCUGCUCUUCCUUGCUCUGGCGCUACUGGAGCAGGUCAAGGAUACAUAUGGAAGGCACACAAAUCACCCGGUACUGAGAAAUGGGAGUUAAUGAUGAGAAGCCAUCAAUUAUGGGAGAGUCUAGCCGAGAGCAUUCAACUUCAAGGGAUGGAUCCUUUAGAGGAACUUGGCUGGAAGAAGACAGGAAGUCUUUUAGUAAGUAAAACAGCAGAUGAGUCAGCAACGUUAAAAAAGAGGGUGGAGGAGCUAUCACAGGAGGGGUUGAGAGCAGAGUUCUUGUCCACCAAUGAUUUGCUAUCAGAAGAACCGCAACUUGUGCUUGAGAAGGGAGGUGGAGCAGCUUUUUUCCCUGAUGAUUACCAAUUGGACGCUCACCGUACUGUUGCAUUUAUUGAGCAGGGUAACAGGCGUUUUGCUGCGGAAGGGAGAUAUGCCGAAUUUUAUCAUGACCCUGCUAUUGGAUUAGUUAGACCUGGAAAUAGCUGCGAGGUUGGAGCUAUUCAAACUUCGAAGAAUACACUGCAGAGUAAGAAGGCUGUUGUGAUUGCAGCAGGUUGUUGGACUGGGUCUUUGAUGCACGACCUGAUUAAGCAACCAGAUAUUGAACUCGAUCUUCCAAUUAAGCCUCGAAAGGGUCACCUGCUUGUGCUAGAGAAUUUCAAGUCGUUCAAGCUGAAUCAUGGAAUUAUGGAGGCAGGGUAUGCCAACCAUCAGUCGGCAACCCUGAAAGCUACUGCAUCUGAUUCAGGGCCUGUCUAUAAUGCACAAGAUUUGUCUGUUUCAAUGACGGCAACCAUGGAUGCUUCAGGCAAUCUUGUCCUUGGGAGUAGCCGGCAGCUUGUUGGGUUUGACACAGAGGUAGAUGAAUCUGUCAUCAACCACAUAUGGCAGCGGGUUGGGGAGUUCUUACCUGCUUUAAGACAAGAGUCUCUUGAGGAUUUGCGUCAAAGCAGAGAAGUUAGAGUAGGACUGAGACCUUACAUUCCUGAUGGAAAGCCUGUCAUUGGGCUUGUUCCUGGAUUUUCGAACGUCUUUCUUGCUGCCGGGCAUGAAGGAGAAGGACUGUCGCUGGCUCUAGGAACAGCUGAAAUGAUUGCUGAUAUGGUGUUGGCAAAUCCUUGUAAAGUAGAUGCAGCACCUUUUGCUCUGCUAGGCCGGUGCUUCCACUAAAUAGUGAGCCCAAUGCAAAGAUUGAGCAUUAAUGAAGCCGAAAUUUGAAUGCACUCCACCCUCAAGGUCACAUGACAUCCUUAUGUUACUGCGACAUGAUGUUGUAUUUUGGUUAUAGCUUUUUGUUCUAUCAUUUCUGUGCCAUAACUGAAUAAUGAGAAAUUACAACUGUUUUUACUGGCGUGUGGAUUUCUCAACAGAUACUGUCGCAUUAUAAGUUGAUGAGUUGGCUCUGGAUGAAUUUAUAGGUUUUGAUCGAGAGAUGUAGCUUCUAUAGAUAGAAAUGCUAGAACCAUUCCAGCAGAAGACUCAUCUUCCCAGCUCUCCAACCCUAUGGCUCAUAUGUAAAACUAAAAUAGCAAAAUGCUUUUGCUGUGGUUGGUUUCCUAAUGGAUUUAGUGCUUGCAAUGCUUCAUUUUGAUAGGAGGUUGUGGAGGGCUCAGAUUAGGAUAGAAAUCUAGUAGGUAGUCUCGCUUUUCUCUCGCACUAGUAGGCGUAGUUUUGCUCUACUUUUUAUUGCCCUUUGUUUCCUGCUUUUAUGUGUUGGGUAUUGUCUCUC